AAACCUGAAACCUGUCAAGCUUAUCUCUGAGCUUCGGAUAAACCAUAGUAUCCUACAAGGAGCACGAGCUGCAGGAAGUGUAGGUACUGGCAGACAAGAUGGUGAAAUUAUCAGAAACAGCGAGAUUUACUGCACUGUGUGCAGCAUUUGCAGUGAUUCUGUCGAUGGUCACUGAGCCAGCUGAUGCUCAGUUAAAACCCGAGUUUUACGUGCAGACCUGUCCACAGCUGCCUACGAUAGUACAACAACAGGUCCAAGCCGCUAUCAAGAAGGAUGCUAGAAUGGCAGCAUCUCUCCUCCGCCUUCACUUCCAUGACUGCUUCGUCCAGGGGUGUGAUGCUUCUAUCCUGCUCGAUGAUGAUUCCAGACUUCCCUUGGGAGAGAAAACAGCUCCCCCAAACCUGAACUCUGUGAGGGGUUACGACGUGAUCGACACCAUUAAGAGUGCUGUGGAGAAGCAGUGUCCGAAGAUUGUCUCCUGCGCUGAUAUUGUGGCUCUGGCUUCCGCGAUCUCCGUUAGACUGAGUGGAGGGCCAAUGUGGUAUGUACCACUCGGAAGACGCGACAGUCUGACAGGAAAUUUUUCAGCUGCUCUGGAAUUUCUUCCAGGUCCAAGUUCUACCGUGACAGAGCUGAAGCAAAAAUUUUCUAACGUGGGUCUCAACGUUGUAGACUUGGUUUCUCUCUCUGGUGGUCACACGAUCGGACUUUCGCGAUGUGUAUCAAUCAUCACCCGACUUUACGACUUCAACGGAGGUGGUGGGGCCGAUCCCACAAUCGAUUCUAAGUUGCUGGCCACUCUAAAGACCACUUGUCCCAAUGGUGGGGAUGGCAACGUGACAACGCCACUGGACCCGACCCCCACCGUAUUCGACAACCGGUAUUUCAAGCAGCUGCAAAUCUUCAAGGGAGUUUUGAACUCGGACGAGGUUUUAUUUACGCAAGGGAAUGACACCAAGGGCCUUGUGAAUCUGUACUCCCAAAAUGUGACCAAGUUCAUGGCAGACUUCGCAGCCUCCAUGAUCAAGAUGGGAAACAUGAAGCCCCUUACUGGCAAGAGUGGAGAAAUUCGUCUCAAUUGCAGGAAGCCCAAUUCGCUUCUCUCGCAGGAUAUGGAGCCCUUGAUCGAGCUGGUGUCAGACAUUUGAAACAUUUCAAAAUCUGAGCCUCCAUGGUGUUCUCCAUAGGUCGAGAGGCACAACCUUCAUCCGGCGUAUAUACUCACAGAACAACGUGGCUACAGCUGCCUCUGUUUCUACUCAGUUACUCUCUCGAAAGCCAAAACUGCUAGACUCCAGACUUCAAUAGUUGGGGCAUAUGCACAGUUCUCCUAGACCAGAUCCCAAAUCCCAAUCGGUCUUGAGCUCUCCUCUCCAUUCCACCGUUCGAGCAUAGGACCAACCUAAUGGCGGGGAGCAGAUCGGGAGAUCCUACGGUCGGAUUAAAUAUGUCAAUAUUCCUUUGAUUAUCAGCAAACCCAUCUGAUCGUAGUUCUCUGAACAUUGUCAAAGGGUCGCGAGCAGUGAAGCCUGACUGCUCCGUUAAUAGGCUUGAUAUCCACACGAGAACUUGAGCUCAUUAUACUCGUGCCAUGCAGUCCUGAAGCUUAAGCGUGCACAUUUAUAAACUCACUUGUCGUUCGAUCUCUCAUCAGCAUCUUAUUAUCUUCACUGCGUAGUCGAAAAGCUAAUCCACUGCGAUAACUCAGAGACGAGAUCUCUUCAGAUGUCCAGAUGAUUCGGAGAUUGUAAACACUUCUACGGAAA